AAAUUACAAAAUAGUUGAAUAUGAAAAUGAAGAAAUAUAUUAGUAAAAUUGCCACAGUUUUGGGGUACACUAUUCAAUACGGUUGUAUAACACAUUGCAUUUGUGAAUAUGUCGGAGAUUUUGUUAUUUGCAGCGGACCUUCAAUGGAACCAACAUUAUUAUCAAACAAUAUAUUGUUCACUGAACACAUUAGUCCGAAAAUGAAUUUGUUGAAAAAGGGGGACAUUGUUAUUGCAAAAUCUCCAUCAAACCCUAAGCAAUACAUUUGCAAAAGAAUAAUUGGGUUGCCUGGUGAUGUCAUUUAUCAUCCUGCAUACGUAGGAUCUGAAAAUAAUGAAAUUAUACCUCGUGGUCACGUUUGGUUAGAAGGAGAUAACUAUAAAAACUCUUCAGAUUCAAGAAAAUAUGGACCUGUUCCUUUAGGAUUAAUUAGAAGCCGUGCUGUUUUUCGAAUAUGGCCAUUUCAGGACAUCAAAUAUUUAAAACCUUAAUUUGUUGAUAGUCUAUCUUUUAAUAGAAAGUUUAUG